GUGUAGGGUUGGUUUUACUUUUCAAUUAGGGCUCAUAGUUUCUCCUCGUAAAAGAGAAUAAUAUGUGGGUUUAACUUUUCUACUCCAAUUCAUCAACUGCAGAACCCCUCACAUAAACCACAUGAGUCCCCAGUCGGAGGAUCCUCAUAACGUGCCGGUGCCGGUAUAUAUCCCCGGCGAACUCAUCGCCGACGUGCUUUCCUUCCUUCCCGUCAAAUCAGUCCUUCGAUUGAGAUGUGUGAGCAAGACAUUGAGUUGUAUCAUCUCUGAUCCUUCCUUUGUCAAAUCGCAUCUUAACCGAUCCGCACGAAAGGAUGAACUCAAACUUGUAAACUUUUUGGAAUGGAAGAAGGUCUCGUUUUCAGUUUUUCGAAUGUCUGAAAACCCUCCAAUCAUUUUCAAUCUCCCUGAAGAUUCUUACUAUACAUUGAAGGAGAAUGGCUGGUUCAAUAUAGCUGGUUCCUGCAAUGGUUUACUUUGUUUUUACGAUCAACGUUAUAGCUAUAACUCUACAGUUGUAGAGACAGGGCUCCUUAUUUGGAACCCGGCCACGAGGACAAUAUCAGAAAAAAUAUGCUGUAGUGGUAUCGGCUCCAUUGAAUCUCUUGCUAAUUUUAUGUUUGGUUGUGAUAAUUCAACCAACACUUAUAAGGUGCUGUAUUUUAUUCCUUAUAAAAAACAAGUAAGAGUUCUCACUUUGGGUAAUAAUGUUUGGAGAAAUAUUGAAAAAUCUCCGGUGAAACAUUGUUCCUCCAUGAAUCUUGCCCAUCUGAGUGGUACUGUUAAUUGGUUGGCAAUCCGCAAACACUACUCCACUUAUGAUUACAAGAAUAUAACUAUUGAGCAGUUUGUGAUUAUUUCACUUGAUUUGGGCACGGAGACACAUACUCAGUUGCGGCUUCCUCCGGGUUUCAAUGAAGUUCCAUUUGUUGAACCACAUCUAAGUGUGUUAAUGGAUUGUCUUUGUUUUUCUCAUUAUUUCAAAAAAACUCAUUUAGUAAUAUGGCAAAUGAAGGAAUUUGGAGUUCAAGAGUCUUGGUCUCAAUUCCUUAAAAUUAGUUAUGACAAACUUUUGUUGGAUCGUCACUCUGUUUAUUUUCAAUUGUUGCUAUUAUGCUAUUCGGAGAAGAAUGAUACACUGAUUUUUAUGAACUAUCUUGAAAGCCAAGCAAUUAACCGGAGGGAUAACAGAAUGGAGAGAAUGAAUAGCGUAGAGGGAAUAGAUAGAUCCUUGUUGUUGAGUGGCCAUGAUCAUGUUGAAAGCUUGGUUUGGUAUUGUUGAAUUGAAAGGGCGGUUUGGGUCUGGCUUUGCGGGGAUGUCACGUGCAGCAGGGUGGAUCGAGUUCAGGCUGAGUAUCCUGUCUCGCACAAUUCUGCUUCGUUGUUUUUCUUCUUGUGUGGGUGUGCCAAUUAGAGGGCUGCUGUUUUUUGUUGGUUUCAACUCAGGAAUCUUUAUCUGGAUGUUAAUUCAUAUUGAUUUCAUGCCAUCUUUUGAAUUAGUUCAACUCAUGGUCAAUUAGCAAGAGAUUUUGUAAUAAGUUGUGAUAUUUAAGUUAUCAUAUUCCUUUUGUUUCAGUUGUAUCCUCAGGAAGUUGAUUUCUCGCAAGACUUUUGUAUAAGUCAUGAUAUUUAAGUUAUCAUAUUCCUUUUGUUUCAAUUGUA